AUGACGCCUAAUUCUGAUGAUGAAUCCGGUUCUGGAUCUGGCUCGGCAUCAGGGUCCGGCUCAGGCUCCAGUUCCAGCUCCUCCAGCAGCAGCAGCCAAUCAGGGAGCAGUGACUCAGGUAGUGGCUCAGACUCUGGCAGCCAGUCAGAUUCUGACACGGAGAAAUCUAAGGAGAAGAUGGAACCGCCAAAUAAGUCAAACAUCGAUGGAGCUGAGUUCUGGAAGUCCAACCCAAGUAUCCUAGCAGUGCAAAGAUCUGCUAUGCUCAGGAAACAACAGCUUCAGCAGCAGCAACAGCAGCAGCAACAGAGACAAAGCUCCUCGAAUAGUGGAUCUGAUGAGGACUCAUCAAGUAGCGAUGAAUCUGACUCAUCAAGUGGAUCUAAAAGGAGAAGAAAUUCAGGCUCCUCUUCUGGAUCGGGUUCUGGGUCUGGAUCGGGUUCUGGAUCAGAUUCAUCCGCAGAGGGCAACAGUGACGAAACGGCAUCAGACUAUGAGCCCAGUCACAAAAUCAAAAGCAGAAAGCCCCCAACCAAGAUGAGUUUUCGAAAUGGUAAGAAAAGCAGCAGCCAGAAGAAGAAAGCCAAAAAGGGUUCUUCUUCUGAGGACGAGGACGACGGCUACAAGAAGGUGGCGUCUGCGGGUCCACGGCGGCAAGCCACAGUGAACAUCAGCUACAAGGAGGAUGAGGAGCUGAAAACAGACUCAGAUGACCUGGUGGAAGUACUUGGUGAAGAUGUCCCCCAGCCUGAGGAGGAUGAGUUUGAAACACUGGAGAGAGUGAUGGACAGCAGGAUAGGAAGGAAGAGAGCAACAGGAAGUGUAACCACUGUAUACGCUGUAGAAGCAGACGGGGACCCCAAUGCCAACUUCAAUCCCAACAAAGAGGUCGGUGAGAUCCAGUAUUUGAUUAAGUGGAAGAACUGGGCCCACAUCCACAACACUUGGGAGACAGAGGAGACACUCAAGUUACAGAAUGUCAAGGGCAUGAAGAAACUGGACAAUUUCAAGAAGAAAGACCAGGAGAAAAAGAAAUGGUUAAAGGCGGCUUCACCAGAGGAUAUAGAGUAUUUCAAUUGUCAGGAAGAAUUGAUGGAUGACCUGCACUCUCAGUACCAGCUUGUAGAGCGAAUCAUAGGACAUUCAAACCAGAAGUCAGCGGCUGGUUACCCGGACUACCUGUGCAAGUGGCAGGGUUUACCAUACUCGGAGUGCAGCUGGGAAGACGGUGCCCUGAUUGCCAGAAAGUUCCAGAAAUGCAUCGAUGACUAUAUGAGCCGAAACCAGUCCAAGACCAUUCCAUCCAGAGACUGCAAGGUGCUAAAACAGAGACCCAGGUUUGUGCCCAUGAAGAAGCAGCCAGCUUACAUAGGAGGUGAUGGACUGGAGCUCCGAGACUACCAGUUGGACAGUUUGAACUGGAUGGCCCACUCCUGGUGCAAAGGUAACAGUUGCAUUCUUGCUGAUGAGAUGGGUUUAGGGAAGACCAUCCAGACCAUCUCCUUCCUCAACUACCUGUUUAAUGAGCACCAACUGUACGGGCCCUUCUUGCUGGUUGUGCCUCUCUCUACACUUACCUCUUGGCAGAGAGAAAAUCUGCUCUGGGCCCCACAGAUGAAUGUUGUGGUCUACCUAGGAGACAUUGGCAGCAGAAACAUGAUUAGGACACACGAGUGGAUGCACGUGCAUAGCAAAAGAAUGAAAUUUAACAUCCUCCUCACAACAUAUGAGAUUCUUCUCAAAGACAAGUCAUUUUUGGGCAGUGUUAGCUGGGCCUUCAUUGGUGUGGAUGAGGCACACCGACUGAAGAAUGAUGACUCCCUCCUCUACAAGACCAUGAUCGACUUCAAGUCAAAUCACAGGCUCCUUAUCACAGGAACGCCACUGCAGAACUCCCUCAAAGAGCUCUGGUCCCUGCUGCACUUCAUCAUGCCCGAGAAGUUUCACUCUUGGGAGCUGUUUGAGGAGGAACAUGGUAAAGGCAGGGACUCGGGUUACACCAGUCUGCACAAAGAGCUAGAACCUUUUCUACUGCGCCGAGUCAAGAAGGAUGUGGAGAAAUCUCUACCUGCCAAAGUGGAGCAGAUCCUUCGAGUGGAGAUGAGUGCUAUCCAGAAACAGUAUUACAAAUGGAUCUUGACCAGGAACUACAAGGCUCUAAGUAAAGGUACCAAAGGCAGCACGUCAGGCUUCCUGAACAUUAUGAUGGAGCUGAAGAAGUGUUGUAACCACUGUUACCUUAUCAAGCCACCAGAGGACAACGAGUUCCUUAACAGAGCUGAAGCCUUACAGCAACUGAUCCGCAGCAGUGGGAAGCUGGUUCUGUUAGACAAACUGCUGCUGCGUUUGAAAGAGCGAGGCCACAGAGUCCUCAUCUUCUCCCAGAUGGUACGGAUGCUUGACAUCCUGGCUGACUACCUGAGGAGCCGACAGUUCCUCUUUCAGAGAUUAGAUGGCUCCAUCAAAGGGGAGAUGAGGAAGCAGGCGCUGGAUCAUUUUAAUGCUGAAGGUUCAGAGGAUUUCUGCUUCUUGUUAUCAACCCGAGCAGGAGGUCUGGGUAUCAAUCUGGCAUCAGCUGACACAGUCGUCAUCUUUGACUCAGACUGGAACCCUCAGAAUGAUCUGCAGGCUCAGGCCAGAGCCCACAGGAUCGGACAGAAAAGACAG